UGUACAUUGCACCUGUCUCUCCCCAGCUUGAAAUAAUCUUCUAGCCAUCAAUUGUCCUUACUCUCCUUUUCGUGGUUAUUUUCUUUGCUCUCAUUGAUCUUGAUCAAUUUCGACAUAAUUUCGAAAAAUUCUUGAACUUGUCGUGCCAAAUUUUUAGACCCUCAUGGCACCACAUGGAGAGGCUAUUUCGAGCUCUUACUCCAACCCUGCUGCUAGCAAGGCCUUGGGUGCCUCCUCCAAGCCACCAAGGCUAUCGAACGACAACCUCCAUCGAUCCAAGUCAGACAUGUCGUUCGAGCUGAUGAAAGAGGCAGCGGCAGAUCACUUGAAAAUGUCGGCGGUGGCCCUCCCACCGAUAUCGGAGGUUGAGGACACCAAGUGCGAGUGCUGUGGCAUGAGCGAGGAGUGCACGCCAGAGUACAUAGAGCGGGUGCGCAAGAGGUUCUCAGGGAGGUGGAUAUGCGGGCUGUGCGCUGAGGCGGUGAAGGAGGAGGCGGAAAAGAAUGGCGGGAGGCGGGACGAGGCGUUGAUGACGCACAUGAGCACGUGUGCCAAGUUCAAGAAGAUCCGGGCGUACCCGGCGUUGUUCCAGGCCAACGCCAUGAGGGAGAUCUUGAAGAAGAGCUCCGUGAGGGCCAAGUCCCUAAGCCCUAGGGACCCGGAAGUACAAAAGAGAGUCGGUAUGAUCACGAGGAGUUCGAGCUGCAUUCCCGCCAUCACCAAGGACUUGAAUGACCUUAAUCUGGCCAACUGAAUUUUUCUUUCCGAGAAAGAAGAGGCUCUCUCUAGCUACAAAGAUCCAGAUUUUCGGUGUGCAUGGUUUCAUAUUUCAUCAACCAUGUGCACCAUUUAUUUAGGAUUUUGUGUCUAAGCUAACAAAGUCCUCAUGUAUCCGGCUGAACCCUACUUGUAAUGAUAACUUGGCGGGCAGCCCUUUCGUUGUUUACCUUCCAAAAUGAAGGUUUUUUGAGGUUGCUGUCCUUGUUAAGUUACUAAACCUUCAACUAGUCGAAAAUAGAGCAGACGUUUGAUGGUGCUUUAAGGUUACAAACGUGCCUUUUUUGCCCAUCUAGUGUAGCUGUAGCUGAUUUCGAUCUUUAUUUUGUAUAAGCCCUUUUUGUUUGAUUAGGAGCUGGUUGUCUAUCUGGUCAUUGACCCUUUUUGCUUUAUUCGUCGCUGUAUCAAAUUAAGAAUAUUAAUGUA